GGAUAGAACGCGCACGACAGACGCUCUCCCAAGUCACAACAAUUUGGGCCUAUCUCAAGACACUAUUCGCAGCAGCUCAUCAUUUAGCACGGCGCUUUCACUACGAGCGGAACAAAUAAAUUUCGGCAAGUCAGUGGCAUUACGACAUUACGUAUACACUUCCGUUUCUGGAUGUUUCUGCAUAGUGUAACAUAGUGGCGCCUUGAAAAUUUUGGAAAUUUGCUUGCGGCACUAAGGUGAAUUCGUGUGCGUCAUGUUAACGUGGUUACAGUUGUUGUUUGUGCUACUGAUCGUACGCGAUUCAUGGGAAGCCUGUGAUCGCACACCGCAAGGUGCCACUGGUGAACCUUCAUUGGCCGACGAGAGCUUUCGUGUGUUAAUCCAAAGCAAUCCAACGACUUACAUACCAGGACAGACCUACAAUAUCACCUUAUCUUGUGACGCCCCGCUCAAUUUUCUGACCUUCACUUUGGUUGUGGAGAGCGAAGAUGAAAGUAUACCGCCCAUACCCGACACGGUCGGCUACUUUGAGCUCAAAGACAAGGCUGAGACGCGUUUCAGCACGCAAUGCGAGAAUAUGAUCGAAAGUACAAAUUCGAAUACAAAAGUGCAUAUCAGCGUUGGCUGGGUGGCGCCAACCGGCGGUUGUGUACUCAUCAAGGCGGCAUUGCUGCAACACCGUUUGGCAUGGUAUAUGGACGAUGGUUUACUGACGAAACGCAUUUGUGCGGAAGAGAUUGAUGAGGUGAACAGCCAGACGCCGCCAGUGGAAGUGUGUUGCGCGUGUGAUGAGGCCAAAUACGAGCUGAUUGUUGAGCGCAAAUGGAGUCGCAAUACACAUCCGCAUGAUUUUCCGGAAGAAUCUUGGCGUACACGUUUCAGUGAGAUUAUUGGCGCAUCACACACGCAAGAGUACCGUUUCUGGCAAUAUGGUGCGCUCGCGAGUAGUGGACUAAAAGAGAUGGCGGAACAUGGUGCCACACAGCUGCUGGAAAUGGAAGUCAAGGCCGGCGAUGUACGUACGAUCAUCAAGGCGCCGGGUAUUAUGUAUCGUCAGAAUGUGGUGAGUACCACGUUGGCUAAUGUGCGCGUAGAUCGUCAACAUCAUGUCAUCUCGUUGGUUUCGAAAAUUGAACCGUCGCCCGAUUGGAUUUUGGGCGUUGCCGGUUUGGAGUUGUGCUUGGCGAAUUGCACUUGGAUUAAUGAGAAAGUGUUAAACUUAUAUCCUUGGGAUAUUGGUACCGAUGCUGGUCCAUCGUAUAUGUCUCCAGAUCAGCCGCAAAAACCGCCAGAUGUGGUGCGACGCAUAACAUCGACUUCGCCGAAUGAUCAGCGUUCGCCAUUUUACGAGGAGACUGGCAAACCCAUGAAACCGAUGGCUACGUUGCAUGUACGACGCAAGCGGUUAUAUGAACGUGACUGUGAUUCGGGUGAAAUCAUGCCGUUAGAAUGUACAACACACCCAUGGAGCACUUGGAGUGAGUGUGGCACACGUUGCGGAUCCGGCAUACAGUACCGCACACGCGUAUUUAAAGAUCCCGACUUGGCGGACAGUUUUAGUUGUCAAGUAGUGCUGAAGCAAACACGAAAAUGCAUGGGCGAACAAUGCAACGUAGCCGAUGAAGAGCCCGAAGAAGACGAAGACGUAGCUGCCGGUUGUGAACUAACAGCCUGGGCGGCAUGGACACCAUGCUCACGUCAUUGUGGACGUGGCUACAUGACACGCAGUCGUGAAUAUGUCAAUCCCUAUGAACGCGAACGUUGCUUGAACGACAACCCUGUAGAGCUCGAGCAACGACGAGAUUGUGAGGGUCGCGAUUGUGGGGGCGGUAGGCGAACACAGCAAAGCCGCGAGGAAGACGUUGAUGGAAAUGAGGAUGAUAAUACAGCUGUGGAGGACAUUGAACACAAUGAAGAGAAUGGUGAUGACAACAUAGCAGAAGAAGAAGAAGCGGUUGCUGAAGAUGAUAGCAGUCGUAACCGACCGGAUUUUUCAAACAGAAAUUCAAAUUAUAAUGGACGCCAAACCGAUUGGGGUGAUGACGGUAACUUUGAUCAUGCAGCCGAAGGUAAAGAUGACGAAGAUAAUACGCAAAUUGAUAAGUCCGAGCAGGACGUUGAAGAAAACGAUAAUGAACUGAAUGCUGGUGAUACAUACAUUCGUCCAUAUGACAAUCGUGGCGACUACGGGGGUGGCCGCGAACAAUAUAGUAAUCGCGACGAUGAUUCUUACGAUCGUGACAACGAGAAUGUUGAUGAAGACAACAACGAUAGUGAAUUCCGUGAAGUUUACGAUGAGAAUGGACGUAAAGCGAUAUUCGUGGCGGCCAGUGAUCCAAACACUUACGAUGUGCUACAACAAUUCUGUUUUGACAAACCCUAUAUGCGCGGAACGAAUUGUGAUCGCAAUAAUGUAGGUUAUCGCAAUUUCUGGUUUUACGACGCGGAUGAUCGCCAAUGUAAAUUAUUCACCACCAAUGGUUGUGAUGAUAAUAAAAAUAAAUUUAGAACGCUGGAGACCUGUGAAGGUACCUGUCUCUUACCGCACAGUUUGCAAUUAAGUAAGCGGUUGCGGUAUAGGGAAAAUGAAGAUGGUUGGAGUCGACAAUUUGGUGAGCCGGAAUCGUUGGUGAAAAAACCGAAAAGAAAGAGCAAACGUAGAAAUCGUAAGCGUAAGCAAAAAGAACAUGUCGGUAAUAUCAGAAACUACUCGUUUAAGUGAAUAACGGUGGGUGUAUGCUUCUAUAUACGGGUGUAUAAGUAGAAGAGCUUAUUUUAUGUACAAUAUAUAUUUGGUACUCGGUUUCAGAAAUGAAAUAAACACAGCAAAAUUACAAAACA